CAUGGUAUUAUGUUGUGUCUCGAUUGGACGGUUAAUAGUGCUCAGACGGAAGUUUUCGUUUAAAGACGUCUUGCACACUAGCUGCAACAGUCGACGGAUUUAUUCCACGGGCACAUAUUAUAUAUAUAUAUAUAUAAUAUAUUAUAUACGUAUAUUUAUAAUAAUUGUAUAAUGUUUUAAUUUGUAUAAUUUUAAACGUGUUGUCUUUACUUAGAUGGUAUUAGGUAUAUAGGUAUACGAAACACUAACCAGUAACACCCAUGUGAAAGUUUUCGGAUUCUUAAAUAUUUUUCUAGACGUUUUUACCAGACUCGUCGGUUUUCAGAAAAUUCUGUUUAAAGUUAUUAAUUCUAGCUUAUACAAGUAUACACUAAGGUGACUAUUAUAGUUACCUAUACCACUAUGAAAUUGAAUUCAAAACACGGUUCUCAGAGAUGGGUGAUGGCUCUGAUGGGUAUGAUGGGCGUCACGAUAGCAUACGUGAUGCGGGCCUGCUUGAGCAUAACGCUCACACAAAUGGUCAGGCCCGUGGUGGUGGUAGACGGAGGCGAAAGGUCUGUUCGUCAUGACUACUGCCCGAUGCCCCAGUCAUCGUCACAUGGCCAACCAAAGUCCAACAGAACAGAAAUAUCCGAGGACGAGUUUAAGAACCGAUUCGAUUGGGACGAGAAGACGCAGGGUGAAAUCCUAUCGUCGUUCUACUAUGGUUACAUCCUCACCCACUUACCAGGAGGCAUCUUAUCCCAGAGGUUCGGCGGAAAGCACACCAUGGGCUUAGGGAUACUUUCCACCGCAGUCUUCACGCUGAUGACUCCGUAUGUAGCGUACAUGGGUACCAGGUCACUCACCGUCUUGCGAUUCUUAGAAGGACUCGGUGAAGGCACUAUGUUCCCGGCUCUUUGUACUCUCUUAGCACAGUGGGCUCCACCUGAAGAAAAGGGAAAACUCUCCACACUGAUAUUUGCAGGUGUGCAAAUUGGUAAUAUUUUCUCAAAUUUCUUGAGUGGUUUAAUCAUACAAUAUAUACCCGGUGGUUGGCCAAACGUCUUUUACAUUUUUGGCAUAGUCUCGUUAAUUUGGUUUGUUCUCUGGUGUAUAUUGGUUUACGACGACCCUAACUCUCAUCCUUUUAUAUCAAAAGCUGAGCGUGACUACUUAAAAGAGUCGAUAGGAAGUCUGGAAAGGCAAAAGGAUUUGCCCUCCACACCAUGGAUGUCUAUAUUAACGUCGUGGCCAGUAUGGGCACUAAUUAUUGUCGAAGCAGGACAUGACUGGGGCGCUUAUACAAUUAUCAGCGAUCUCCCAAAAUAUAUGAGUGACGUCUUACAUUUUUCCAUUAGUGAGAACGGUUUAUCAUCGUCCUUCCCAUACAUCGCCCAAUGGGUUACGUCGAUUUUAGCUAGUAUAUUAGCUGACUGGCUGAUAAGCAAACGAAUAAUGAGUGUCACUUCGGUCAGAAAAAGUUUCUCUAUUAUAGGAAAUGUCGGACCUGGUGUUGGUGUUAUGUGUGCUUCGUUUGUCGGAUGUGACAAAAUGGUUGCAACUUUGUGUUUUACUUUGGGUAUGGCAUUAAUGGGAUUCUGUUAUCCCAGUAUCCGAGUCAAUUCACUCGAUUUGUCACCCAAUUAUUCUCCUACUAUAAUGGCACUUGUAAAUGGUAUUGGUUGUUUAUCAGGAAUGGCGACUCCAUACAUCGCUGGAAUUCUCACACCAAAUAGAACUGUUUUAGAGUGGCGUCUUGUAUUUUGGAUUAUGAUGAUAGUGAUGACUGCAUCAUCUGUGGUGUAUCAGAUAUUUGGAUCUGGCGAGUUGCAAUCCUUCGAUAACUCAGAACAAUAUUACCUAAAAAAGAAUGAAAAACCAAUGAGGGAAUUAUCUAUGGACGAAACAUUAAGUAUAGUUCAUUCAAAUUCGAUAGACGAUUGAAAUUGUUACAUAAUUCGAAUUCUGCCUAAUUAGACUCGGCAACAAAACUAUCCUACUCUGUAAAUUAUAUUAUUAACAUAUUAUGUUACGUUCUAGUUUAUAGUUAUAAAAUAAAAUAAAUAUUUAUUUAGAUUGUAAAUACUUGUUAUAUUCAGAACUAAUUUAAUGUUGUAAUACGUACAAAUAAUAAUAGGAAGUUACAUUAUAUUUG